AUGUCUCACCACGUCCUCGUCCUCGGCGGCCACGGCAAAAUCGCCCAGCUCCUUACCCCACUGCUCCUCCAGCGCGCCUGGACCGUCACCAGCGUGAUCCGCUCCCAGGACCAGGUGCCCGACAUCGAGGCCCUCGCGCCCGACGCCAACGCCCGCAAGAACCUUCACGUCCUCGUCCACAGCCUCGAGGAUCUUGUGCAGAGCCAGGCCGCCGCCCAGCAGCUGCUCGACCAGGUCCGCCCAGACUACGUGGUCUGGAGUGCCGGCGCCGGCGGCCGUGGCGGACCCGAGCGCACGCUGGCGAUUGACCGCGAUGCUGCCACGCACAUUAUCGAUGCGUCCGGCGCGUCGUCAUUUGUCACCCGCUUCCUGAUGGUCUCGUACAUCAGCAGCCGCCGCGCCCGGCCCGCCUGGUGGGAUGACGACAGCUGGGCCUCGGCCCAGCACGUCAACUCCAAGGUGCUGCCCACAUACUACCAGGCCAAGAUCGCCGCCGACGAGGCCCUGUACCGCGCGGCCAAGCGCCGGGGUACCUCCUUUGCGGGCAUCAACCUGCGGCCCGGCACGCUGUCGGACGAGCCCGCAGGCUCCAUUGAGCUGGGCCGGACCAAGGGCUCCAAUGGCAAGGUGAGCCGUGCAUCCGUGGCCCGCGCGGCUGACCUGCUUCUGGCACACCCGGACACUCGGACGGCGUGGAUCGACCUCCUGACCGGCAGCGAAGACGCAGAGGCCGCCGUUGACCGCGUUGUGCGGGAGCAUGUGGAUGCCGUCGAGGGCGAGCCCGUGACGAAGGAGAAGGGAGAGUAA